UUUAUUCGUGAUUUUGCAGAAUAGGGCGAUUCGAUGGCACCGAGUUCAUCCUGCUGCGUCCUGCCGCGCCGCGCAUUGGCGAGAAGAUCUGCAACCGACCAACCGCCCACGAAAUAAUCGGAAUAAAAAAGAAAAAAAAUGAAGUUUGAUCGAAGAAGGGAACAAUAUCAGAAUCCGGAGAUGGCAAGCUGAGGGAUUAGAGGAGGAGAAAGAGUCAAGCAUGGAAGGAAUCGAGCAAAUCGAAUCCUCCUCCUCCAUCAAAGGAGAAACAUCGCAGGGUGGCGGGCGGUGCUCUCUUUCUGAUUUUGUCCUGGUCAAUGCAAGCCGAGAAGGUCUAGAAACGACCCCCUUGUCUCCCCAACCGCCCUUCCGUCCCCAUCCUCCCUUCUCUAUUUCUACCUUUCUCGUCUUUAUCGCCUCUUCUUUGCCAAUCAAUUCAAUUCCUUCUUCUUUGCUGCUUGUUUCCUUUUUUCUUGGUCCUGUGGGUGGAGGUCAGGAUGACGGUGAAGAAGACGAGGAGGGUUGCGGAGGAGCCCUCGCCAUCCCCUUCGUGCGCCCCUUAUAGAGAUGACGCUAGGAAGAGAGUUAGAUUCCAAUCGCUCUCGCAAGAUUAUACGGAGUUUCUUGAGGAAACUGAAGAAAAGAAGAGGAGAUUGCUGGAGGCAAGACUAAGGAAACGUAAACUCUUGGCUGAAGUCCGAUUUUUGAGAAGAAAACUUGAUACCUCACUUGCAAACCCGUAUCAGCUAGUUAGAUUGAAGGAACCAUCAACUACAACUCCAGUGAUCAAACCUCCUACAGAAAAGAAACCCAAAGUAUUUGAAGCUGCACGUACAAGUAACUACAGUAUUGACAAUUUGCAUGUAAAUGCAUCUCGGUAUCAGUUUAAAAAGAGGUCUCCGAAAAAGCCAACCAAAUCUCUAUGUGUUGCACCAUCGGGUUUGUUCAUCCCAAAGGAAGUACCCCCUCAGAACAUGAUGACAACGGAAGCUGGAAAUGCUAGCACUCCUGCAACUCUAGGUGCGAAUGAAGAAUCGUUUAAGUUGGAGCAGUAUCACAUGCAAAUGGACAGACUCAAUAGAGUGCCUAUGAUUGGAGGAGGCUCUAGUGAUAUUUUAGCGAUUUGUAGAGAUCUUGGAAACAACUCAAAGAAGACUGGUAAGAGAAAACUCUCAUGGCGAGACCCACUGGUGUUGAAGGCUUGAAGUCUUGAUGUGAAUUUUGUGGAUGGCAAAGGUGUGUCUUCUGUACAUUUAAUUUGCAAGAGUCGACACAAAAUAGAACUUUCUCAGUUGCCAUUAGCUCAUGCAACUAUGCAAGAUGAGAUGGAGAGGACAUAUGUUUUACUGUCACUAAGUGGUUCGUCCAAUCUUUAAUCUA